CACUCAAGACCAAGGGAGGCAGGCGUUCUUCCGGAAACAGUGAACAGGAAGUGUGGCAGUUUACCUGGCGAACUGCAGACAGGCGUCAUGGCGUCCUACGAGCAGGUCCAAAAGGGGCCCUUGAAGCUGAAAGGCGUUGCAGAGGUCGGCGUGACCAAGCGGAAGAAGAAAAAGAAGGACAAAGACCAGGCGAAACUCCUGGAAGCGAUGGGAACGAGCAAAAAGAACGAGGAGGAGAAGCGGCGCGGUCUGGACAAGCGGACCCCGGCCCAGGCGGCCUUCGAGAAGAUGCAGGAGAAGCGGAUGCUGAGCAAGAGGAAGAGUCCGCGUCUGAGGGAGCUCGGACAACGGGAAGGACCUUCAGCCCGAGGGGACAGCAGAGGGGAGAGCUAGAGAUGGCGUUGAAAGGAGCCAGAGCUGGAGACCGGGUUUGUCGCUCCUUUGCCCUGUGACACUGGGCCAGUGACUCAUCUUCUUUCCGUGCCCCAGUUUCCUCAUCUGUAGGGGUCAAGAUACGUACUUUUUCCUAAAAGGAAUGGGAGCUUUGUGAUGGCAUGUAAAGCAUUUGUCACUAGGUCUGGUAUAAAGUCAUUGCUCAGUUGAUGUUAGCUGUUGAUGUUAAAUGGUCGUGCUCCCUGCUGUAAGUGUCCACAAACUCUGUUCCCGUGACGACUUCGUUGGCAGAUUCAAAUAUGUUGUUUUUAAGUGUC